CUACCAAAACUAAAGCAGCCGUAUCUAUCCUGUUCGCUCCUCCUCAUCUUCUAAACCUAAAAAACAAACAGGCGACUGACAGAUCUUCUUUCAUUAUACGAUUCAGCAGGGAGGGAGGGAGGGAAGGUUAGGUUCAAUCAGCCAGCAAGAAGGAUAAUUAUUCAGAGCAAGAUCAAUGGAAGAGUCAACUCAGAGGAGAGAAAGACUAAAACUUAUGAGAUUGGAAGCUUCGCAAGAGGCCGCUGCUGCUGCAACUUAUAAUGAUGAUGAUCCUUCCACUACUAGUCUCUCAAAUCCAUUUCUUCAAUCCACAACCAACCCUGAAAGUCAGGCCCUGCAGUCAGUUUCGCAGAGCUUCAAUUAUUACACCAACCCCAUGGCAGCAUUUUCUGGGAGCCGCCAGCCCAGACCUCAAAGGUCACAAAUCAACGAAACAUUACCCUCACCGCCUCUUCAACCUCAUAUAAACCGCAUGCCAAAUCCGCAAAUGCAGCAACCACAAGGACAAUAUGCGAACCCUCAUUAUGCCAAUUUCUCCAGCCCGAGUUGGAAUGCCAAUAGUCCUCACGCGGGAGCUUAUCGUGGCCCAGGAAGUGUUGGAUUUCCUAGCCCUCAAACCCACUUCACGAGUAGUCCAAGCCAUGGUUCAGGACAAGGCAGCUACCCUAGUCCCCGUUUCACCAACCACCCAGGUCAUGGUCCAGGACGCGGCUACCAUAGUCCUGGACCCAACUUCAUGAAUAGCCCCAACCAUGGAUCAGGUCAAGGAGGGUACCCUAGCUCUGGUCCUAAUCAAGGCAGAGGGCACUGGUCUGGGAGAGGGAUGGGUCGUGGGUCAGGACAGGGUAGGGGGCGAGGACGGGGUGGGAACCAUAAUGAUAUAUCGGCAGAAGAUCGGCCUGAUCGUUUCUUUAACAAGUCAAUGGUGGAAGACCCGUGGAAGUUUCUAGAACCUGUAAUUUGGAAGUCACACAAGAAACAAUGGCUUCCUCAGUCUCUUGGUGCAAAAAAACCUCGAGUCUUGGAAUCUCCUAAGCAAUCUAGUUCUCAACCGAGCCUUGCGGAAAUCUUGGCUGCAUCGUUUAAUGAAGCUACAGACGAUGAACCAAAUGCCGGAUGAUUUGUUUGGAUUUGUUUAUGGGACCUUAAAGUGAUUGUCUCAUGGGUUAAACUUGUAUCAUUUUUCUAGUUUAUAGCUUUUCCUUUCCUUUCCUUUCCUUUUUUAUUUUCUAGUUUGUAACUUAAAGCUCCAGAUUUGGUUUUAUAUGGUCGUUUAUUUUAGCAGCUACAAGUUAAAAUAA